AUGGUCAUCAGGAACUCAUCAAUCUUCGCUCGAUGUCGCUUUUCCGCUUCAGCCAGUCUCAUUCACUCUCCAGUCAUCCUCAGUAGCUCGCUUUUAGCUCGAGACCGUAAUUAUUUCAGAGCUCAUUUGGGAACUGAAGCUGACAGUUCACUGAACAAAGGUUGGGGACGUAUUGCAUCGAUGUGUGACAAGAUCUCAAUCACUUUGGAACGUCUUCUGAGGUUUUGUCCACCUCUCUCCCGUGAAGCAUCUAUUGAGAGCGCAGAAUUGACCCGAGUAGAAUUAACUCAACGAUUGGAGCGCCGAGUGAAAGUGCAACUAAGCUUGCCAUAUCUACCUGCCUCAAAUCCUCAUACAAGCGAAGUGAUGUCGAUAUACACCAAUGCGCUCACCGGGCUGAGAGAAGUCUUGCCUAUCACGUCUAUGGAACAGAAUGCAGAGCUUGUGAAGAAAUUGGAGAAGAUGGUAGAAGAUGAAGCAAAUGUGCUUCCGUUAUUUGCAAAGGGGUUCCAGGAGUGCAAGCGAUACCUCUCGGAAGAACAGAUUGGCUCAUUUUUGGAUAAGGCUAUUCGUGCUCGCCUAUCAAUUCGGCUGCUUGCUGAACAACACAUCGCCUUGAGCAAAGGAUCAUUGGAAAGCACUAGGAUUGGAAUAGUUGACACCCAACUCAACGUCCGGGAAUCUGUCGAGCGGUCUGCAAGAUUUGUUAGCGAUCUUUGUCAUGGGACAUAUGGGACUUCGCCAGAUUGGAACAUCAAGGGGGAUCUGGAUGCAAAAGUUUGUUUUGUUGGCAUACAUCAAGUUAUUUCCUAUAUUUUAAGUGCAUUCCGUGCAACAGUUGAGCGUCAGCUACACCUUACAGAAUCCAGUAAUCUGCCCCCGGUUGAAAUCACUAUCUCGGUUUAUGAACCCUCACCUGUGCAAGCUCACCCAUCUGAUUUUCUACCAUCGACAAAGGUAUCUAACGAUUUGCUCUGUAUUCGAAUUCGAGAUUAUGGAGGUGGGAUUCGCCCCAGUGACUUUGAGAAGAUCUUUUUAUAUGCAUUCACCACUGUUGGUCAACAUGAGCCCGAAGCAGCGGAGUGGGAUGAUGGCUUGUUUGGGCAGACCGAUGGUCUGAAGUCUGGUCUUGGGCGCAUCGCAGGACUAGGUUACGGCUUACCGAUGGCUAGAUUAUAUGCCCGUUACUUUGGAGGAAAUCUAGAGUUGGUUAAUAUGCAUGGACUGAGUGGAGGGACGGACGCGUAUGUACUAUUCAGGAUGGGCCCUAAUCAUACUCUAUCCCACAGGGAAUAGUUGAAAGGUGCAAAUUGUAAGCUGUUGAUUAUUUGGCAAGGUAUAUUCUUGGUUGAAACACGCGUCGGAAAUCCAGGAUCUCUACCUGAGUGCAUAUUCUUCAAUGUACCGGUUAUUAUUGUAACAUGGAUACCACUUUAGCGGUGGGGGUUCCACCAACUGGGUGGUUAAGGUGUAGGUGUUGAUUGAGGGAUUCGAAAAUUCAUUGCUAGGCUAUAAAGACGAAGAAGGAACUUAUGGUCUAAUUUCAAAGGGCUUGAAUGCUAUAUGUACAUUUUCCUCUUGAAUUCAUGAAAAAGAAAUGUGACAAUCUUGAUUUCAAAUUAGUAUCACAAUGCACAUACACAUACAUGAAGCUAUACUACAAGAAAUGUGUUCGGAUUUCCUUGCGAUUUUGAAUGCUCAUUUAAAGAUUGUUUGAAGAUGAGACACGUGUUAGAAGAGAUUUGCAGGAAAAGAGGAACUGAUAGUCAUAUGGUCCAGUACUAGAUGUCAAGCCACACGAUUCUAAAGCUAUUUUGGAGAAGCGGUAGAAGGAGUCUUAGCAAUCUUUGCUGCUAUACCAUUCUUUUGUUGUGCGGCUUCAAUUUCAGCUUUCAUGACUUUUUCUAAUUCAGAGCAAGAGUCAAUAGGGCGAGGGUCUCCAGCAGUGGCUUUUGCUUACCUCAAGGAACGCGAGUUAAAAAUACGGGCACCGGUAGUGUCUGGUAUUGGGUGAGAGGGGGCGCGGACGUCGGGCAAUGUCUUUUUGUGAUCAGUGAAUUAUCUCGUAGCUUUUACUUACUUCACAGCUGGGAUAUUUGCUGGAGGCUUAGUGUUGCUAGAAUCAGUUUUACUUUUGAUGUUUUUGAGGAUUUGAUCACACGUUUCUGUUGGUCUUUUGGUUGCAAUGGGUGUAGUUUCAGUUUUGACAGUGG